AUCACAUAGAAUCAGUGAAGAGGCAGAGGAGCCAAACCUCAUCUGGCUUCUAGCAGACCACUUGGAACAUCUGGACAAGAAGGUUGGGCGGCAAGAUGGCACUUCUUCUGAGCCUUCUAUGCAUCUUUUGCCUGGGUGGUCCAGUUCUGGGCCAGGACAUGCCUUAUGAGGAAUAUAUGACCCAGCUCCAAGCUUGCCCAAGAGAGUGUCGCUGCCCCCCAAACUUUCCUCGAGCCGUCUACUGUGAUAACAAAGGCUUGAAGAGCGUCCCCAAAAUCCCCCCUUACACUUGGUAUCUCUACCUGCAGAACAAUCUUAUUGAAGCGCUGUCAGCAGAUUCACUGGGUAAUGCCACACAGCUGCGCUGGCUGAACAUUAACCGCAACAAAAUCACUUCUGAGGGAGUGGAAGCUGGUAUCCUGGGUGGGAUGUCUCACCUGGCACACCUCUACAUGGACGACAACCUCUUGUCUUCUGUGCCAUCCCCCCUCCCAGCCAGUCUUGAGCAUCUACGUCUUUCUCGCAAUCGAAUCUCCAAGAUCCCUGCUGGUGUCUUCAAUGGUCUGGACAAGCUGAACCUCUUAGACCUCCAGGGGAACAAGUUGUUGGAUGAUGAUGUAACUGAGGUGAGCCUGAAGGGUCUGAACAGCCUGGUUCAGAUUAACCUAGCAAAGAAUCAGUUGAGCCGCAUGCCCCUUGGCCUACCACCAACCACCACCCAGCUCUUUCUUGAUGGUAACAACAUUGAAAAGAUCCCAGCCGGCUACUUCAAAGGUUUGCCAAAAGUGGCGUUUCUGAGGCUCAACCACAACAAGCUUGGCAGCAGUGGGGUUCCAAAGAAUGUGUUCAAUGUCUCCAGCAUUUUGGACUUGCAACUGUCACACAACCAGCUGACUGAGGUUCCCCUCAUUCCCUCAGGCCUUGAGCACCUUCACCUCGAUCACAACAGGAUCAGUAAUGUUAGUGGCUCCACCGUCUGCCCAGUAGACAUGGCGACUUUGGAUGACGCAGUCAAUGAAAGUGCUCCUCGACUGCGCUACCUCAGACUCGACGGCAAUGCAAUCAAGCCUCCAAUUCCAAGAGAUGUCAUUCUGUGCUUCCGCCUACUGAGGUCCAUUGUCAUCUAA